AAACUUACUAGGAAAAUAACAUUUUUUUAGUCCAUCCUAACUGAUUAGGAGCAACAGAAUCAAUUUACAUUUAUUAAUUGGUGACAUUGCUGAGAACGUGGAGCGGGGAGGAAAAGGUAUUCUACUUGCUGGGUAUUCUAUCGAAGUAUUCCUGUGCAGGAUGGUUUUAGUAAAUGUGGAGAUUUUUUAGACAAUGGCUGCAAUGAUUAGAUGCUUCAUAAUCAACUGAGGGUAUGCUAUGACAACCUAGAAGCCUGACACUAUAGGCACACUGGUUAUAUGUUGGAAACCAGAUAUGAAACCAUCCAGGCUGGAGAUUUGAUUCAGGAUCCCUUCCCUUUGUAUUAACCUUCGAACAGACUGACGUGAAGAGUCUGGAAGACUCUUGGAGCAUGGGGCAUGAGACAGUGUGUGGGAGCAUAGUAGUACCAGUGAGCUUUUGAUUUCAAUUUUGUGAGUGUGCCAUUUAAAGAAAGGCAAUCAAUGAGAUGAGUAGGUCUCAGAUCCCCAAGGAUGUAAAAAUAACCUUUACAGGGAACUCCAGAAGCUGGUGUAAAUGCGAAGUUUUGCACUAGAGUACUCUUCAAGAAUUGGUUGUGGUGCAGAAGCAUGGAAGAGCUUUUCUUUUCAACAUGUACAAACCGUGUUGAAAAGCAAAAGCAUCCAGGAGGCAGUUGUCUGUUGUAUGUCCAUCGGCAUUGGGACAUAUCUUCAUUUAUUUUCUGUGAAAAAGAGACUAAUCUGAUUGUCCCAGGACAGUGUCACUAAGACUAAUGUGAAUGAUUUACUUGACUGGUGGGUCUGGCACUUCUGUCCCUAACUUUUGACCUGAUCCUGAGGGUAUGGCAGGUUACAGUUGCUUUUCUGUCUCUGCUUCAGUCUAGGGAGCUCUCAUACUGAAUCACCAACUGCUGUUGACUGCAGUCCUUGGCUCUGUGUGCUUCAUUUUUAACUCCCAAACAUCCAUCCAUUCCUGCUGUACAAGAGGGUUUUUUCUAUGUUCCUUCUGUCAUCAAUAUCCUCACAUACCGGAUGACCAGGAUUCUUAGGGGAAUAAAGAAUGCUGUAAGAGCUCAACAUGAAUUCCAACUGUUAGGUUGUUGUGCAGUCACUUUCAGAGAGUAUUAGACUGCUUUCAUGUCCAGCAAAGGGCUAUCAAGUUUCUGAAUUGGUGUAGUAGUCCACUACUAGUGCAAGAUUUCGUGUUGUUUAGGCUGACUGCAAGUCCCUUACAAGUUAGUCUACUGAUGAUUAAGUCCUCAAAAACUUGUUUGCCUUGCGUUGUGAAAGGAUAUUGGCACCACAGUAGGAUGUGAGUUUUAGUUAUACUCAGUGUGGCCUCAGUUGAGGAGUUUUUGAGUAUAUUUUCUUAUGUCCUGGGAAUUAUUCAGGCCAUAUUCUUUAUUGACAACGAGAGGUCACUUCAAGACUUUCUGAAGAGGCUGACUAUCCCCUUGAAAUGGUCAGUCUCUCCAAAUUCGUUCUUCCUGCAUCAUGUAAUAAAAGCUACCAUAGCUUAGUAAGGAAGUUCAUGUCCUUUGCUCCCACAGCUGUAGAACUGAACUGGAAGUUACCUGUUGGCUCUCACAGCUGAACAUUUCUCUCUGUAGCUUUGGCCUUACGGGCUGUAAAUAUGCACUCCAUGGCGAGGGAUCAGUCUUGUCUCAGCUGCAGUAUAGUCAAUAUAGCAAGGGAAGCCUUGGCUGGAGGAGUUGGGGCUGUUUUACCAGCUAUUGAACACAAAUACGAGGUCACAUAGCAAAUGACUUGUUGACUUAGGCUUGAAAUUCCACACCUCUGCAGUGUUGUUAACAUCCUAUGUGCUACAACACUUAUAGGUAGUUUAAGACAAACCUUAUAAAGGCUGUCUGGGGAGUUUUCUAGCAUAAAGCUCUCAGUGAAGUACACUCCCACUAAAGUGAGUGCUUUGGACACCUCUUAGAGCUAUCCAGUUCUUUAUAGCAAGUGUUUCUUGGCUCAAACUGUAAUAUCCUCAGAGAAUUACAGAAGCAGAAUAUUAUCCAACACAUGGAAAUUUGCUUGCUUAAUCUCUCUCAAAGGGCAGCGUGUUCUGGGUACUGCACUUAAAUUGUCACCCUUCAUUAGCCAUGGUAACAGCAGCUGGCUAUCAGUGUGUUCUGCUGUGUAUAAAUUGACACUGGACAACAGCUUCAGGACUGUUCUGUCAAAGCUCUGAAAUAUCUGUUUCAAGUAUGUGGUCACUAAUUCACCUCCAGAAGUAGAGAAUUUAUGCCAAGUCUAAAUCUGCCUACUGCAGGAUUCAGUUUUGUAAAAUGCUUUAUAUGGAGGAGACUUUAAAUCUUCCUGUUUGUUACUUAGAAGCAGUGUGGAAAAGCUAAGGUAUGUUUGUGAAUAUUAUUAUUUACAUUAAAAAAUCUGGCUAAAUGUUAGUAAAUUCAUUUGAUCUAGCUAACGUGCUUUUAUUCUGGCCCUUUAUUUUCCUUUGUACAUGCUUUUAAGUCUUUUCACAGUAUUUCUCAAUGUGACUGUAAGAUUUCAUAGAUUUAGGACAAGGGAUCCAAUACAUUGCGAAACAACAUUCAAAUCCCAAGGAAGGAAGCCUUAUAAGAUUAUAGAAGCUUUUUCUCCUUAAAAUAGAGAUGCAAAUAUCCUGUUGUUACUUAUUUCUGUUCCUUUGUCUGGUUCUAAAUCGCUAAAUGAGUUAAAUGGCUUUGAUCUAGACAUGUCUGUUGCUUUUGUGCAUUAAAAAAUAACAUACAAUGGUGAGACAUAUUCUGUUUACCUUAAGAUUGUUUAUUUUUCUAUAAAAAGGCAAGUAAAUCUACAAAGCUACCUAGGUUUAGCUAUUUCACCUCCCUUAUAUGAUCUGCAGUGUUGGAGAGGUGUAUACCUGAAGAAGUCUCCAUGGUCUGCUUGCUGAUUGCUGGCAGUAUGUCGGAUCUUUUGUCAGUCAGUAGCUUGGCAAAUCAUGUGACUCAUUCUGAAGAUCUGAGUGCUUACCCUAGAAGUAAGAAAAUUGAUUCUAUUCAUUAAACUAGACCACAGAAAUAAUUUUACCAACCAUAUGGUUAUACUUAAUGUUCAUUGAAGAGAACAUCAGUAAGUAAUUCACCAAAAGGACUGUUUCCAGCCUAGGGUUUUUUUUCUUGCAUUUUUGUUCUUUUUUUACUUCCUCUCUGAAUGACUCUGAAUGGUCUUCAUAGCUGGCAGUAUUUAUUUUCAGGUAACAGUGGUGUUAAGGCAUGGAUGAAUCUGCAGCCUAAUUCUGAUAAUCCUUCCUCCUUUCCCCAGUUAUGUACUGUCACUUCACAUAUUCUGUAAAUGCUCAAGUAACCACUUCUGUAAAAGCGAGGAGUACUUAGACUUGCUUGUGAGAUGAAUUUCUCUGUGCUCUGUGACUUCUCCCUGAUAGCACAGACACGUGACUUGCACAGAAGUUUGCUGUUAAUGUAAUGAGGAAUAAAUUUUUAGGCUGACACUCAGUUUUAUAAAGCAACUCAAUGUAAAGGAUGAGCAGGAUGAGGGGAGGAAGGACUGUUCAGACUUUCAAUUAAAACCUGCUGUAUUAUAAAAUUGCUGCUGAUUGCAGUGUCUCAAAGGUGGGAUCUCUGUAGUUCUUUCCUGAACAGACACCUGCAGAACCUGACUUGUCUUAAUAGAAAUUUUACUGCUGUCUUCAGUGGGAGCAGCAUCUGUGCUGAAAACGCCCAAUCACUUAAUCAAGAACAUUUGGGACAGGGGAAGAAGGAAAUCUCUUACCAACACAGACUCAAACUCAGGCCUUGACCUUCCUGUAAAUGAAAAUUAUUUAAAAGUGAGCUUGGCUGUUGGAUAGUGAUUUUCUUGUGCCAGUUAUUAGCUAAUUCUAAGGCUUGACUUUGUGGUAUGAGCUGAAUGCCUGAGGAUGACUUGUAGACUGUGUUCAUCUUAAAACAAAUAAACUCACUGUCCUGUGUUGUAGGAUGAGUAAGCUGUGUAACUCUUUCGCAGUUAGUGUGAGACUCAAAAAUGCUCUUGCUGAGGAGGCUGGAGGCAGCUCUUCAGGGGCUGGGCUGCAGUUAUAAGAGGCAUCCAGAACAGGUAAAGUAACCUCUUCAGAGGGUAUGGGGAGAAACAAUGUGCAUCUCUUCCCUGCCAAGAGAGGAGAGAUCCUUAGGGCUUGCUGUGCAAGGGGGCAGAGCUCUGCACAGGAUUCCUGAUGAGUGCUUUUUUUGCCCAAAGCUGAUAUAGAGUGGAUCUUCUGCCUCAGUGAAUGUUGGACUUGCAGUUUAUUUGCAUUAGACUUUGUGUUGUUUGAAUGUGUUUAUUUUCAGCUCCAUAUAGUGGCAUGGUUGGGCUUUGAAAUGAAGGUAAUCAAAAUAUAAAGAAAACAAAGUCUUUAUGAAAGUGGAGGAGAUAAAAGGAAAAGCUAUAUUGUAAACUAUUCUAAGAAAUACAAACUGGAGCAAUGCCCAGCAGACAUAAAAACCAGAGUGAUACAGUAAAUGAGGCUGUUGUAAUUGAUAAUUAAAAACUUGCAAGAUGUUAUGUUUCUAACAUUUUUUUUUUUACAGAAAAACAAUCAUAUUUCUCAUUGAAAGUCUAAGCGAAAAAUGAACUUGCAGCUGCACAUAGGCUCAGACUUUCCUGUGUUCACCAGAAUACAGUAAAAGUGGGUGAAAUGUUUACUGAGCUGGAAUUUCAGUGAAGAUAUGUCUGCACACCAAUGGUGAUACGUUAUACUUCAGCCCCAGAGCAUAUAUGUCAUGGCUGCCCUCAGCUCACUUCUAGAGGACUGAGCUGCUUCCUGUUUUCCUUCUGAAGUGGAUAGAUUUGCUCACCCCUAAUAAGAAACAAAUGGGACCCAAGUCUUUGACUUACUUGCUUCCAUACUUGAAAGCACAGACAAGCUGGUAUCAUGUUUUUUUCUUUUUAUAUUGCUUGGUACUUGAAUACAGAUAAUUUUUAAAAAAUGUUAUGCACACUAUUUAAAAAACAAGCAAGGUAAACAACAAAGAAAUCCAAAUCUAAAUUUCAGCAGGUAACGCAUUUUUCCAACGCUUCUUGCAAGAGUAUCAGAGAUGGUCUUUCAUUCUUCUUGGAAUAGCAUCUGUACACAGUAGCAACAGACUUUGUAUCCUUGUAAUCACUGUCUUUCAGGAGUUUGAUGCUAAGGUCAUAAGGGGAAAUGUUGGCUAUUUUUUCUUGGUGUGUUGCACCUGCUUGCAAGCAUGUUGAAGUCCUAAGUCACUCUUUUUAUGGUCCUGGAGAGUUUCUUGAGGUCUAAAGUGUUUUGUUCCCUUUCCCAGUAUUUAAAAAACAGUCUUAAAAAAAAAAAAAAAAAGAGGAAUAGCUACAGUCUGCCUAUGAUGCAGAAAAAUUAUUCUUUAAAAAAUGUACAUGUGGUUUCUCUGUAAUCAUCAUAAAUGUUCCCUCUAGGGUCCUGUAGACUACUUUGUUCUGCAGUUGAUGUCCUCAUAGCGCAACCUUCUGACAUAACCUCUAGAGAGGCAUUGUGCUCAAUAUAGGUACAGGAGUGCAGAGUAGAUGGCUGAUCUACAGCUUUAUAAACUGGAUGAAUUGGACUGUUUGAUCCAGGGCCUCCUUUAUGUUGAUUCUGUUGGUUUCAAUGGCCAACCAGAGUGCUAUUAUUUUGAAAAUCCUACAGAUCCUGAACAGUGCCAGAAAAAGCCUUACUGCCUUGAUAAUCCAUAUCCUAUGCUGCUGGUUAACAUAGGCUCAGGGGUCAGCAUCCUAGCUGUAUAUUCUAAGGACAAUUACAAAAGAGUUACAGGAUCCAGCCUUGGAGGAGGAACGUUCCUGGGCCUGUGCUGUUUGCUCACUGGCUGCGAGACCUUUGAAGAAGCGCUGGAAAUGGCAGCAAAAGGAGACAGCACCAACGUGGAUAAGCUGGUGAAGGAUAUUUAUGGAGGCGACUACGAGCGCUUUGGCCUUCAAGGCUCUGCUGUAGCGUCCAGCUUUGGUCAUAUGAUGAGUAAAGAAAAGAGAGAUUCCAUCAGUAAAGAGGACUUGGCCAGAGCUACUUUGGUCACCAUCACCAACAACAUAGGUUCUAUUGCUCGCAUGUGUGCAUUGAAUGAGAAUAUCGAUAAGGUGGUGUUUGUUGGCAACUUUCUCAGAAUUAAUAUGAUUUCUAUGAAGGUGCUAGCAUAUGCUAUGGAUUAUUGGUCCAAGGGACAGCUAAAAGCUCUGUUUUUGGAACACGAGGGUUAUUUUGGAGCUGUUGGGGCUCUUCUAGAAAUGCUUAAAAUGACAGAUGAUCAGUGAUGAAGCUGUCUGAAGAGAUUCCUACUGCAGAUGCUGCUGGGUAAGAGUGAAAGCCACUACAAGGAUGGAAAUGAAGCCAUUAUGGUAGUUCUACCUGCUGGAUUUGUAAAUAAUUUAAAAUCCUUUUAACUGAUCUUUAAUUUCUGAGUUUUGACCUUAUAUUUCAGAAUUCAUACUGGGAAUUAUGAGAUUUUUUUUUCUGUACACUGUAUUUUAUAGGGGAAAAAUGUGCAAAGUGGCCAAACAUACAGAUUUUAUGGAUUUAUUUUAAAAAAUGGAUACUGUUUAAUGUAGGACCUGUGAUAUGAGGCAUCUGCUUUUCUUCUGGGGUUUACUGAUUUGUGUGGUAAUUUUAACUUCAUUUAGUAAUCACUCUAGGAGAUUUUUUUUAUCUUAUUUUCAUGACGUUUCAUGAUUUGUUCUUGGUUUCAAAUGAAACUACAAAGCUGAUGCAUUUUACUGUGAAAACUAGUCAUUGAUUUUCUUGCCUUUCCUUUCCUCAUUAGAUGAGAUACUUUAACAUCUCUCUGCACCCCCCCCAAAAAAAAAAAAAAAAUUUGAAAAUCAUUCUGUGGCUAGAUGCAUUUCUUCAAAGGACUGUGAGGAAGCUUCUUAGCAAUAGGGGGUUUAAGAUUGUAAUUUUUCAGUGGUCAUGAAUUACAACAGGGAGAGACUGCCAACUGGUUCUGCAGGGCUGAUUCUUCUUUAUAAUAAAAAAAUCUAAAGAAGUUGUGAACUAACAUUUUAAUUAUUGACACUAAAAUGAGAAUCUGUUUCUGAAUAAAUCCUCUGAUCAACAUGAAGAGUUCUGUAGUAAAGAUGUUAUUCGCACUUGGUAUUAGAUGGGAAAGGGAGAUUAUCUUCAGUUAUUUUUCUGUAGUCUGCAAAUUUUAACUUGUUCUUAAUUGAAAACAACUGAUAACAUCAUUAUUAAAAGCCUAAUUACUAAAAUUAGAAAAAUACUGACUAAACUAUUUUCUGCUUUUAAACUAGUGUUAACUUCCUCUCCAGGACACUAAAAUUUGAGUGUUUAUUCCAAGACAGUAUUUUCUACCUUUUCGGAUUUGUGAACCUCUCUGGAUUUGUUUUCCCAAGUUGAAUUGAGAUCCCUUUGAAAUCCAUGUACUUAGGUUGCUGCAGAGCAUGUAUAAACUUGGUUUCCUCAGACACCUUGAGGGCUCACAUAUGAGAGGCUGAAAAACAAUUCAUAAAUUAUUUUGUCUUGCAAGACUGUAUGUGAUGUCAUAUAAUGUAAAUGACUCAUCAGAGGGACAGUAUAAAAUUCACUAUAUUUUUGGAAGGGGUAUAUUUCACUUUUUUAAUGAUUAACUUACUUAUCUCCCAAAUGUUGAAAGAUGGUAAUAUUAACUGAAGUGUUAACUUGUGUGAUGGAAAUAAAGACCACUACUGUUUUGACAGUU